CGCAUGCUCACAUUCCCGGGCUUGGCAGUGCUGUUUUUUCGUUCUUUGUGAAACCGGGUCGGUGGUGAGAUCGGGAUGGGGAGUGGGUUCUCGGCCCCUUGGACGGGGAGCCGGAGACGGAUUAUUCUCUGCGGGGCAACACCAACAAUUUUCCUUCGAUGUAACUAACUCUUCGCGCAUGCUCACUGUCUCCGGUUGGGUGGUGUUUUCCUUUCUGCUCAGUGCUGAAGCGAAUCGUCUGCGGGAUUGGGAAAAGGUCCUCCCCUCCUGGGUCAGGAAGCCAGGGAUCAGAUCACAGUCUGCGGGCCGAAGAUAUCGUUUUCCCAUCAUUAGACCUGCGGUGAGAAGUUUAUUUGAAGAAAAACCCCCACUGGAAGCAAACCACAGCUGAAGACUAGGGAACAGCAACAAGUGAAUUGGCCCGAGGACUGAGAACAGCAACUGGAGAGAACAACUUUGCAUCAAGAGACUCGGAUUUCCCAGUGAUUCAGUCAGGAGAAAGUUUGGUCUGAAAUGGCUAACACGAGAGGACAUAGUUUUAAGGUGCUUGGAAAUAGAUACCGAGGGGAUGUCAGAGGUUACAAAUGACAAGAAAUUUGUCUACUGAAAUCUGGAAUACAGUUUUGCUGUCUCAGUCCAGAUAUUUAAGAAAUGGAUCAAGGGAUUCACUCGAUCAUCCUUCCUGCUCAGACAGUGGGGAGGGAUUCACUCGAUCAUCCUUUCUGCUCAGACUGUGGGGAGGGAUUCACUCGAUCAUCUGAACGACUGGCAUGUCCAUCAUUCUAAUCAGGGGGGAAACCAUUCACCUGCUCAGACAGUGGGAAUGGAUUCAGUCGGUCAUUUCAACUGAAUGUAUAUCAGCAAGUUUACACUGGCAAGGCCAUUCACCUGUGCUGUGUGUGGACACUCCGGUCAGUUCACACUGGGCAGAGGCUGGUCCUCUGCUGAAUUUGUGGUGUAAGGAUUCACUCGGUCAUCUGUCCUAAUGGCUCACAAGCGAGGUCUCCCCGGGGAGCGGCCGUUUACCUGUUCGGACUGUGGGAAGGGAUUCACUCAGUCAUCUGAACUGAAGGUACAUCAGAGAGUUCACACUGGGGAGAGGCCAUUCACCUGCUCAUACUGUGGGAAGGGAUUCACCACAUCAUCUCACCUACUGAUUCACCAGUCAGUUCACACUGCAGUGAGAGAUUUCACCUGCUCAGUCUGUGGGAAGACAUUCACUCGGUCAUCUAACCUACAGAGACACCAGCAAGUUCACACUGGGGAGAAGCUGUUCACCUGCUCAGACUGUGGGAAAGGAUUCACUCGAUCAUUCAACCUACAGAGUCACCAGCGAGUUCACACUGGGGAGUGGCUGUUCACUUGCUCAGUCUGUGGGAAGGGAUUCAGUCAGGCAUCUCACCUACAGAGACACCAGUCAGUUCACACUGGGGAGAAGCCAUUCACCUGCUCAUUCUGUGGGAAGACAUUUACUCAGUCAUCCAACCUACAGACACACCAGCGAGUUCACACUGGGGAGAAGCCGUUCAUUUGCUCAGACUGUGGAAAGGGAUUCACACAGUUAGGUAGCCUACAAGCACACCAGUUAGUUCACACUGGGGAGCGGCCAUUCACCUGCUCAGACUGUGGGAAGAGAUUCACCACAUCAUCUCACCUGGUGACUCACCAGUCAGUUCACACUGCAGUGAGGGAUUUCAUCUGUUCAGUCUGUGGGAAGAGAUUCACUCAGUCAUCUAACCUACAGAGACACCAGCAAGUUCACACUGGGGAGAAGCUGUUCACCUGCCCAGACUGUGGGAAAGGAUUCACUCGAUCAUUCAACCUACAGAGUCACCAGCGAGUUCACACUGGGGAGAGGCUGUUCACCUGCUCAGACUGUGGGAAGGGAUUCACUCAGGCAUCUCACCUACGGAGACACCAGUCAGUUCACACUGGGGAGAAGCUAUUCACCUGCUCAGUCUGUGGAAAGACAUUCACUCAGUCAUCCAACCUACAGACACACCAGCGAGUUCACACUGGGAAGAGGCCAUUCACCUGCUCAGACUGUGGGAAGGGAUUCACCACAUCAUCCCACCUAGUGACACACCAGUCAGUUCACACUGCAGAGAGGGAUUUCACCCUCUCAGAUGGUGAGAAGGGAUUCACUCAGUCAUCUGAUCUGCUGGCACACCAGUGAGAUCCACUGGGGAAAGGCCGUCGACCUGUGAAUGUGGGAAGGCAUUCACAUGAUCAUCUCAUCUAUUAGAACACCAGUGAGUUCACACCACGUCUGCUCAGACUUUGGGGAGAGAUUCUCUCAACCGUCUCCACCAAAGCUGCAUCAUUAUGUUCCACUGGGGAGGGGCCAUUCACCUGUUGUGAAUAUGGGAAGGGAUUCAUUCAAUAAUCUAACCUUGUAACACACGACCGGGUUCACAUUGGGGAGAAAGUUUCAAUAAGCUGCAGGAUGAAUGCAUCCCCAUUGCUGAAUGCAAUUUCGAGAGUGACAGGCGGAGUCUAGUACAAGAGGGCAUGACUUGUGGUUUGCAGGACACCCAUUCAGAACAGAGAAUCAGAGAAUUUUUUUUUUGUCAGAGGGUGAUGGAUCUGUGGAAUUUGUUGCCUCGGGCAGCAGUGGCGGCCAAGUCAUUGGGUGUGUUUAAUGCAGAGAUUGAUAGGUAUCUGAGUAGUCAGGGCAUCCAAGGUGAUAGUGAGAAGGUGGGGGAAUGGGACUGAAGGGCAGAUUGGAUCCACUCAUGAUGAAAUUGUGUAGCAGACUCGAUGGGCUGAAUGGCCGACUCUGCUCCUUUGUCUUAUGGUCUAAUGUGAUUAUUUUUUCUCAUGUGCGUUAUUCCUCUUCCUCCUUCUGUCCAAGGAAGUGUUAAUCUAGGUGGGUUUGAGUGUAAGUAGUCUUUUCUAAACUUGUCAUUUCUGUUCUUACUUAUCUUUGUAAAUUUUACUGAGUGAAAUGGGACUAAGAUAUUUUCAUUAAAAAAAGUCAAUGUCGGUAUUGAUGGAAGUGUUUAUUGCCUUUGUUGUAUUUGUUGAGCAUAGAGCUCUGUUCCACAGUUUUUUAAAGCCUUGAAAUAAAUUUUGUCAAAGGUUUUCCCAA